AUCUCCCAUCUGCUCUUCUCCGCCCACAAAUAAAAAUCCAUCUCUUUCUUUCGGGUCGUCGCCCGGCGCACCAGCUAAUGUACUUUUGCGUAUUAAUAUCAUCAUCGUCGGACAACCUGAGGAGUGAGGGAGGUACAGAGACUAAAGAAAGAACAGAACCGAACCGAACCGAACCAGCGCAAGAGCCAGACGAGUGGACUCGCGGGCGCAUAACGGGUUUCCUCUUGCCGUCUCUCCGCUUCCUCACCCACCGUUGGAAAAACGGACCUACAGUAAGUAUCUAUUUGCUGAGGGGCACAGGAGGAACCAGGCCCCCGGAAUAUCUGCACCGUCCGAAAGAGGGAAUGAGCAAUGCGAGCACUCGUUUUGACACUCUGCACGACCAAAACGUGACGUCUGUAUCUGACGGGCUCGUGGCUCGUAAUCCGGGAGUAACCCGCCAUGGGACGCCCCCAAGUGCGCUUUAGCUUUUACUUCACUUGCGCUUCUCUCUCUCUUGCUCUGUC